AUGUCCUCCGACGGUACCCUCGCCUCCAAGGCAAUCAACCCUCUGGCCGCCCACCCAGUCAACACUCAAGAUGCCCAGGGACAACAGUCCUCCUCCGCCGCCGCCACCUCCUCCGAACUCGCCAGUGGGAAGGUAGAGCUUCAGCGUGCUCUGCGUCACUUCGCCGACUUCCCCAUCAAGGGCAUUGACUUCGUCGACAUCAUGCCGCUCUUCCUGAACCCCUCCGUCCAUAAGACCCUGGGCGACGUCCUCGAGCUCCAGGUCAAGGAGUCCUUCGGAUCGCAGCUUCCCGAUGUCGUCGUUGGCCUCGACGCCCGUGGCUUCCUCUUCGGACCCGGCCUUGCCCUCCGUCUCGGCACCGGCUUCGCCCCGGUGCGCAAGAGUGGCAAGCUCCCCGGCCCGUGCGUCGACGCCGAGUACAAGAAGGAAUAUGGUGUCGACGUCUUCCAGAUGCAGCAAGACGCUAUCAAGCCCGGCCAAAAGGUCCUCGUUGUUGACGAUAUCAUCGCUACUGGUGGCUCUGCCAAGGCCGCGGCCGACCUCGUCAAGAAGCUCGGCGGCGAAAUCGUCGGCUACCUCUUCAUUCUGGAAAUCCCCGGCCUCGACGGACUGAAGAAGCUCGGCGACACCAAGAGCGUCAUCCUCCUCCAAGACGCGUGA